AUGUCACGCAGAAAGGAUCGAUCAGCAUCAAGAAUAAAGUUCGCACGGCUACUGUCACCAGAGGAGCCAGCGAACACAUUAGUAACCCGUCGCGACGUGCUGAGCACCACGGCAAGUGCUCUCGAGCAGGGCAUGACACGCCUCUCUCUCGCAGCCGCAGAUAAGCAAGCACAAGAGCCCGGAGUCCGAUCCGAAGCAGCUGCUUCUGCCCCUGCUGCUGCGGGCAGUGCCGGCGGCACUGGUGCUGAAGGCGCUGGGGCUGGUAGCGGUGGUAUCGGUGGUGGUGGUGGUUCCAGUGGUGCUGCUGGUGAUGGUGCUAUGGCUGCUCCCAACUCGAGUGAAGAAGAGGAGAAGAUCGAAUCUCCCGCAUCUGUGCUCCGUUCCAGGACCAGUGCCGAGGGAGCGGGACCGUCUAGAGACAAGGCAAAGGCCGAGGGAACGGCGCGGUCUAGGGGUAGGACAGAUAGGCGAGCCCCCCCCUGCGUUGCUCACAGCCCUCACGGCCCUCACAGCACGGCCGGGAGGAGCAAGACGGAUGCGAGCGCUUCCCCCUGCUCGCGGCACUGCAAGCAUGGGACUGAGGGCGGGUGUUGUGCGAGGGCGAAGAGAGAGGGGGGGGACGUGGAGGCGAGUGAAGGGGCGGAGUACGAGGAGGGGUCGCGGGACGAGUGGCACCGGGGAUACCAGUGGCAGCAGCACGUUGGCGACCGAGAAGGAGAGCGUGAACGAGAAGGCGAGUGCGAAAGAGAACAGGAAAGAGGAGGCGCGAAAGCCGCGACUGACAGCUACCCAUCUUAUGCGUACAGCAAUGCCCUUUUCGAAUUGGACAGCUCCCGUGUUGGCGGCUUCCCAGGCUCAGAAACGUUCAGCAAAUCCUCGCCGGGUUCACCCUUCCUUGGCGUAACUCCCGAGGCUUCUCCAGGGUUCACCAUCCCAGGAUCGUCCAUCCCAGGAUCGUCCAUCCCAGGAUCGUCCAUCCCAGGAUCGUCCAUCCCAGGAUCGUCCGUUCCAGGAUCGUCCAUCCCUGGGUCAUCCAUCCCAGCUUCUUCCUUCCCACAGUCGUCGUUCCAGCAGUCGCCUACCCCAAGGCCCACCCCUGGGACUAACGCGUCUCGUCCGCGUUCGUCUGACGGAUCCCUCUGCUCGCACCUCUCCCCGCUGCCCUCCCCUGCCGUCGGUAAGCCGCUAGCAUCCGCAGGCCUGAGCAGCGCGGAACUGGGCUCGCAGCAGCAGCUGAUUCACAGGCCGCUGGGAGCAGCGAGUGCGAGCCGAGCAGAGGUGCUGCGGCUAAGAGGGCAGCUGCGGCGGCGGGACGAGAUGAUAUUCUCGAUGCAGGCGCGCAUGGGGAUGCUGGAGGAGGAGAGGCGGAGGGCGGAGGGGGAGUCUGUGAAUGCUGUUGCGGCUGCUGCGGCAGCGAGGGAGGAAGCAGGGGAAGCGAAAGGGCAGCUGCGGGAGAGGGAGGAGGUGAUUGUCUCUCUGCAGGCUAGGAUGGGGGCGUUGGAGGGGGAGAGGAGGCGGGCGGAGGGGGAGAUUUCGAGGGCUGAGGCAGCAGUGGCGGAGGCAGAAGCGGCAGCAGAAGCAGCAAGAGCGGUGGAACGAGCGAGUGCGGAAGCAGCAUGUGCGGAGCUGCAGAAGCGCGAGGAGGUGAUUGUUUCGUUGCAGGCGAGAUUGGUGAUGCUGGAAGGGGAGAGGCGGAGAUUAGAAGAGGAGGGAUCUGCGAGGGCUUGUGGUGCAGGUGCUGCUGUUGCGAGGGCCGAGGCAGCAGCAGCUGCGGAGCUGCAGAAGCGGGAGGAGAUUAUUGUUUCCCUGCAGGCGAGAUUGGUGAUGCUGGAAGGGGAGAGGCGGCGAGCAGAAGAGCGGGAGACUGCGAGUGCUGCGGCCGCUGCGGCUGUAAGGGGGGAAGCGGGUGCUGCUGAGAUUGAGGCUCUGAAGGGGCGAUUGCAGGAGAGUGAGAGGGAAGUGGAGGAGAGUGGGAAGAGGGCGGAUGAGAGUGAGAGGAGGGCGGAGAAGAGUGAGAGGAGGGUGGGAGAGAGUGUGAGGAGGGCCGUGAUGUGGGAGGAGAGGGCGAAGGAGGCGGUUGCAGCACUGGAAGCGAAGGCCAAGGAACUAGAAUCAGCACAGCAGGCACUGGAUUUAGCACAGCAGGCACUCUCUGCUGCGUUAGAGGAGCUUGCAGUGGUCCGUGCUGCAGCAGCAGCAGCUGAGGCAAGGUCGGAACGGGUAGAGGAGAAGGCGGCACAGGAGGGCACGGGGAAAGAUGGCGCAGCCGUCAUUACUCUCGCUGCAAGUGCUGCUGCUGGUGCUGCUGCUGCUGCUGGUGCUGGUGGUGUUGGUGCUGGUGCUGGUGCUGGUGCUGGUGCUGGUGGUGUUGGUGCUGCUUUUGCUGCUGCGACUGCAACUGAAGAUUCUGUGCAGCUUACGGAGCGACAGCUGGAGGACAUCCGAGCCUUGCUGGCGGAUUACCGAACCUUGGAAUCCGCCCUGGCGGAGGCUCGGGAGGAGUGCCGGGCGUUGGCGGCAGCUAAGGAGGAGGGGGAGCGGGCGAUGGCACAGGCUUUAGCAGAGCAUGCGGAGAUGGUGGAGGAGGUGGAAAGAAUGGAAGUGGAGAUUAGGAGAUUAAGGGCAGAGGCGAAGGAGAGAAGUGGAGCAGAUGGUGUAGCAACAGUUCCUGGCCUGUGGAAAAAAGAAGGGGAGGAGGAGACUGGGGGUGAGAUGGUGAGGAUGGAAGGGGAAUUGAAGAGACUGAGGGAAGAGUGUGGGGCGUUGGUGGCUGCGAAGGAGGAGGGCGAGCGGGCGAGGGUGCAGGCACUAGCAGAGCGUACAGAGAUGGCGGAGCAGGUGAAAAGAACGGAGGCAGAAAUCAAGAGGCUGAGGGAACGACACUUGGAGGAAGAGGUAAGGGAGGAGGCGAGCGAGCAGGCGAGGGUGCAGGCAGUGACAGAGCAUGCAGAGGUGGUGGAGGAGGUGGAAAGAUUGAGGGCGGAUAUUAAGAGACUAGAGGGAGAGGCGAGGGGGAGAAAUGGAGCGGAUGGAGAGGGCACGUCGAUUGUCCCACUGAAUGUGGCAGAGCAUAGAGAGAUGGUGGAAGAGGUGGAAAGAAUGAGGGCCGAAAUGAAGAAGCUUCAGGCUGAAUUGAUUAUAAGAGAAGCUGAAUCGGAUAGUGGAAGCGAACAGCGGAGGGGUGGGCAGGAGGAGCAGAGAAGUGAGGGAACGAUGUUUGUUGUUGUUGGGAGUGGAGGGGAGCAGAUGUGUCGGGGUGGUUUGGACGUGGCAGGUGGGAGGAGGAUAGGGGAGGAGGAGACGGAAGGAAAGCAAGCAAGUAAUGUGAUCGAAGGGGCAGGAGCUGUGGGCAUAGCUGCAAGCGCAGCAGCAGGCACAGCAGCACUGGUGACGAAUCUGGCAGACACGUUCGAUCGAGUUACUGUCAAUGAAAAACAGAUUGAUGAGGCUGCUGCUGCUGAAGCUGGUGCGCCUAGGGGUGGUGGCACUGCUGCUGCUGCUGCUUCUCAACUAGGUACUACUGUUGUGCCUUGCGACACUGGCUAUGCUGCAAGUGCUGGUUUCCCUUCACAAGUAGCUGCUGCUACCUUCACGUCAAGGAAUAGCUCUGCAUCAGACACACCCGUUGUUACUGCUGCGGGUGUAGAGGGCGCGUCAGACGUUGCAGCAGCAGCGGUCCUGGCGAAGCUGGUCGCUGCUGCUGAGCAGGCCCUCUUAUUCCAGGGUAAUUUGCCCAGAGAAACCCCUGGAUUCCCCACUAGUGACAUAGUUGAAUCUGGAUUCAUAUCUGGAGUUGGGGGAGCAAGGAGCCUUAUAGGGAGACAGGAGGAGCAAGGGAGAGUGGGUAAGGGGGUAAUGACAGGGUAUUUAAGCCAUCACUCAUCUGAUGGCGUGGAUGGCGAAUUGAGUCCUCUUAAAAGGGUUAGAGAGGAAGACAGUAUCGAGUAUUUGCUGGAGAACACUGGCUCAAGCAUGGGACGGCACAGGGGGCCUGUGGUGAGAGCAUUAGGGUUCCACGUGGGCAGCUGCAGCAGCAGUGGUGGUGAAGUGGGGGUUAUGAGUGCAGGCGCUUCUAGUGGUGCUGUGGGCACUGUUGCUACUGGUAGUAUCACUGCUGGUGGUUCUGCUCCUUCCGCUGCGGCUGCUGCUGGGGUUACUGAGGUGGUCCCUGCUGGGGUGGUCCCUGCUGGGGUGGCCCCUGGUGGUGCUGGUGCGUCUUCUCCCUUGCUCGGCCUGCUGUCUGCCCACGAAGUGGGUCUGCUGAGACAGCAUGCCAUGCAGCUGAGGGCGAGGGUAGCACUCAGAGGAGGUGCAAGAAGCGAGGGAGAAGCAGAAGGAACAGGUGCAGGAGGAGAAGCAGGAGGCAUGGGGCAGUGUGGAUCCUGUGUGAGUGGAGAGAUGGGUGGUAGCAGUGAUGCUGCUGUGGGUGCUACAACCGGUGUUGCUGCAGUAACAGCAGCAGCGGAAGCAGCAGAAGCAGCAGCACCAGCCAAAGCAGCAGAAGCAGCAGAAGCAGCAGCAGCGGCAGCGAGGGAGCAGCAAAGCAGCGAGCUGUUCAGAUUCACUGCGGCUAGCAAUGCCAUCAGUUCUGCCCAUCCAGCAACAACAACAACUGGGCCUCAAAGGGACAGGCGCCCUCUUGCUGACCUGUUGUCACCCGGGAGAGAGGGUAGGGUGCUGGGAAGAGGAGGGAUGAGGGGCAGCAGAAGUGACGCCAGGGUUCAUGACCGGCACCACCAGCACCACCACCAGCAUCAGCGACAUUACCACCACCAGCAGCAGCACCAGCACCAGCAGCAGCGGCAGCAGCAGCAGCGUACGAAGCAGGUGAGUGUGAGGGAGAGCAGUGGGCGGUUUGUGCUGGUGCCUGACGUCAACGACCCCAGCAAGAAGCGCUGGCAAUGGGAGAAGACGGACCUGAGAAGCAGUGCAAGUGGAGGCAGGAGCAGGAGCAGCAGGGAGGGUGGUUCUCCUGGUGCUGCCGAUGUUGCUGCUGGAAAUGCUGCGGCUGUGAGUGGUGGGAAUGGUGAGAUUGGUGUGACUGGUGUUGUUACAGCAGCAGAGGGCGCUGUUUCAGCUGCAUCAGGUGCUUCUGGCUCCUCUCUUGCAUCUCCUGCUGCUCUGGCUGGAUCGUGGGGCUCUGGUGGGUCUGCUUUAGCUGGCGCUGCUGGUGGUUCUGCUAUGGGUGAUUCUGGUGCUGGUAGUGGUGGUGGUGAUGCUGCGUCAGCUGCUGCUGCUGCUGGGGUAGCGGCAGUGAGUGAUGUCGGGGAAAGGAUGCCUGAACAGUGUUCUGCUGUGGUGACACCUGUCCCUGUAGCUGCAGCACCAGCUACUGCAGCAGUGGAUGGCAAUUCACGAGUUAAGAAGGCAGGAAAAUAUUUAUGGAACCUUCUUGAUGACAUGUAG